AAUAAGCACGUAAGGUAAACUUAUACUUUGUACCUGAGAAAUACCUUGUCGGAUUUUUCUUACCUUUUAAUUGCUUUUGAUUAAUUGAUCGAGGAUUUUAAUACGGAAACAAUAUCAUAUUGAUUCUUCUUUCCUAACUGGAUAUUUAUCUUAGUUUUCAAUGGAGUUAAAACGUGUAAGCUUAGAGGUCUUAUGACACUCUGGCGUUGUGUGUAGGGAUGAAUAUCAUGCAAAACGUGUCCGUUCAAACAUGUUGGUUUAUAUUAGUGGAGUAUUAUUAUCACUCAGAGUUUAUGAGACUUGAGAUUAAUUUGUAAAAUAAAAAUUUCGGAGAUUCUUUGGGUGGACCGGACAGUUAUCAUAUACGUGGGAGAAUUUGAAGAAGUCAUAAAAUAACAACAGAGAUAUUUUACAAUCUAAUAAAACUUCAAUUUUGUUUGUUUGGCUAUUAUGGAAAUUGAUUGAUGUCUCUGGUAUAAAAACCGAAUGACCAACAAAAUGCAGAGAUUUACAUUCCAGUUAUCUAUUGGAGGAAGUCGAAUCAUGACGACCAAAGAGAUAAAAGACAAUCCAAAAGGUCUGAAAAAGGCUGAUGGCCAGGAAAAGGUCACGAAAAGCGAUGUUAUAAAACUGGAAGAAGAGAUCAUUCCGAAAGAAGAUACAAAAUCAGAAGGUUCAGAAAAGACUACUGAGGAGAAAAUAACGGAAAAAAAUAUGGAACAAAAAUCCGAUGAAAAAAUUAAAGGCAUUACAAAAGAAGUGGAAGAACAAUUAAUGAAAAGUUAUAAAAAUGUGUCUGAUGCGUACAAAAAAUUACUCAUCAAUUUUUUCAAAGCUGCUGAUACAGAAAAUGUUGGAUAUUUAACAAUUCAAAAGUUUGUACCAGCUGUGAGAAAGUUAGGUUAUUCUGGAACGGACAGAACCGUCGCCCAAAUGUUUGUUGAUGUAAACACGAAUUUUGACGGAAAAGUAACAAUCUAUGAAUUUAUGUCUGAAAUGACCAAAAGAGACCCCAAGACAAUAAGCGAUGCUGAACUUUUGGAAACGUUCCGGAGAUUUGACACCAAUAAAGAUGGUUACAUAACAAAGGACGAGCUCGAAACAACACUGGACGCAAGUAAAAUUCGAUGGACAGAUUUUUUAUUGAAAGACAUUAUCAAAAAGACAGAUUUUGAUGGUGAUGGCAAAAUAUCAUGGGAAGAAUUCCAAAAGUCUUGUCAGUAUAAACAGAUCAUAGUGUAAUAAACAGGACGGGGUUUCAAUUGAUGUAACGACCAAAGAAAAUCAAAAUACUAGUAAUACAUUGUACAGAAUCCAAUAUAUAUAUAUAAUGUAUACGAUUGAAACUCAUCAUCGUUCCGUAAUUUAUUAAUUAGAUUUUGGACGUUUCUGAAUUAUUUUCAUAUUACCGACUUUUGAUUUAACUACUUUUAGUGGCUCUUACUUGAACGAAUACCAGAAUGUCCUACAACAGAGGAGGUAACCUGUCAUAAAAUUAUAUACUCCGGAGUGAAAGUCAGAAAUAUGAAAAUAGUCUGAAGCUUGUAUCUUUCAUGAUUGUUGUCAUUUUGGAAAGUUGUAUUCAACCCUUUUUUGCUUAUCUUUUUUUCAUAAGGACAUGAAUAAAAUAUAUUUGUAUGUU